AUGUAUGCUAGCGCCAAGACCUGGUGCUCAGCGGAAGGACUCAAGGCAGCGAUUCCUUACUGGCAGUCUUUAUGUGAAACGAACAGUCUGACGCUCAUGGACUUGACUGGAAUUGAGGCUAAUGUGACGGACGACUGUAUCGCCUCGCUUCCUCUGAUCGAUCCUGAACAAAACAGCACGACAACCACUGGUACUAUUAAUUCGUCCGUGACGCAUGACUUUGCCAUCGCGAAGGAUAAAAUGUUUGGAUGGGGAAUCAUGGGCUACUGGGCCAAUGUGUUGGUGUUUGGCAUGUUUUCAAAGGCUUGGACUGUUUUACAGGGAGGUUCGCAAAGAAGAUCUCCCUUGGAGAGCCUGUACCACCGCUUCCGAACCCACAUCACAGUGCCGGCUACUUUUGUGCCUCUCUCUUCCAGGCAUCAGCAACUCUGGUACUCGCACGCUAUUCCCAAGCGAGUUGACUCUUUGAUCGUGUUUGGAUUCUGGGCCGUGACCAUUAUUUUAAGUUUCGUGAAAUACGAAAGUUUCACGGGUAACAUCGAGACCCCGAGUCUUGUGCAAAAAAACUGGCAGUAUUCUUCUGACCGGACUGGUAUUCUUUCCUACGCCUGCCUGCCCUUUCUGUGGCUCUUCAGUGGCCGAAACAACAUUUUUCUAUGGGCGACAAACUUCACCAAUCAGUCCUUUAUCACUUUCCAUCGUCAUGUCGCAUGGGCUUGCACUCUCCUUGCUGCGGUGCAUUCCAUCAACUACAGUGUGGUGUUUGCAGUAUACGACGGCAGAUACUGGACUGCUUGGAUUGAAGAAUAUUGGUACAUGGGUGUAGUGGCCACUAUCCUCAUGUGUUUCAUGCUUGUGCAAUCAAUGACCUGGUUCCGCCAACACUCAUAUGAAGUCUUCUUGGCUAUUCAUUUGGUUUUCGCAGUUGUUGUGAUCGUCGGCCUUUUCAUGCAUACCAGCUUUGACGGACUGGAAUUUGUUGGGUAUCUGUGGGCGCCUGUCGGGCUGUGGAUCAUUGAUCGACUUGCUCGCGUUUUCCGCAUAUUCUACUGCAAUCUGAACGUUCGCUUUGGAAAGCAAUUCUUUUCGAAGCCGUAUUCCACGGUCACCUAUAGCGAAGAGAGUGAUCUUAUCAAGAUUGAGGUUAUUCCCGGAGCGUCGACGACGCCGCGCCCGAAGCCUGGUCAGCAUUACUUUCUGUACCAGGGAGGUGUGCUCAAGUUUUGGGAAAACCAUCCUUUCUCACUGGGUGCAUGGGCUCCCGCUUUGGAAGGCAAGAGUGAAUUCAGUUCCCCGGCAAUGGAUCAGAACAAGCUUAUCUUCUACAUCCGGCCCUAUGAUGGAGGGACUCGCCGCCUUCGCGACCAAUGUCGCAAGGCCAAUGAUAUACUUUACCCGAACCUCCUCGUCGAAGGACCUUACGGUCAUACUGAACCAAUGCACCACUUUGACACAAAUCUGAUGGUUGUUGGCGGUACCGGUAUAGCCGCAGCGUUGCCCUACCUUCUAAGCCAUCUAGAACGCGUCAAAAGGCGUCAAACCAAGACUUCAAGAAUACACCUCGUUUGGUCCAUCCGUCAGCGCGAAAUGUGGAAUCAAGUGUUCACAGAUGACCUACUGCAGGUUUUGCAGAGCAGUGAUAUUACAAUCACCAUCUAUUGCUCCAACCUUGCUACAACCCUUCAGGAUUUGAGCUCAGCUGAGACUGAUGCUUCCAAUAAGACUGUUUUGGCAGCCACCGCUACUCCGGUGAGCUCGCCUACUCGGAGUGGCGGCGUGCGCUUCAUGCCUGGUCGCCCCAACGUGCGAGAGCUUCUCAUGGCUGAGGUGGAAGAAAGCAAGGCUAGCACGUCAAGCAUUGGCGUCUUUACUUGCGGCCCUGCUCAGAUGGCUGAUGAGUGUCGAUCAUCGGUCUAUGAGGUCAUGAAACAUGGCUUCCAUGCGAUUGAUUAUUUCGAGGAGGCAUUCGGAUGGUGA